AACACAUACAUACACGUAUAAUUCACAACGUCAAGUAAAUAAAUGCGCUUAUCAUACACGUCAAAAAGAUAUUUGAGGUAUACGACACUGUAACCGCAUAUCAGGUAAAACUACAAAUCCCGAAAGUAGUCUCACCGUAAUUGUUACCUCAUACCAACAUCUGAUUGGACAAACGCAGUAAAGCCUCUUGUGAUUGGUCGACGGUAGCCAUGUUUGCGUUUCCAGCUGUCUAGAUGAGGGUUAGCUAGCCGGUUAGCCGUCUGAGCUACAUUUUACCUCUUUACUCGCGGUUACGUUGCCGCACAGGCCCGCCGCCCCGUCAAGCCCGACGCGUCUGUGCGGGGGCAAUGCCGGUUCACUCCCGGGACAAGAAGGACAGCAACCACGAAGACAUGGAGGUGGAUUUUCACGAGCAGGACGGCAGCAGCACAGACGAGGAUGACACCGUUAGCUCGUCCGUAUCUGAAGAUGGAGACAGCUCGGAGAUGGACGAUGAGGACUGUGAGAGGAGGAGGAUGGAGUGUCUGGAUGAGAUGACCACCCUGGAGAAGCAGUUCACGGAUUUAAAGGAACAGUUGUAUAAGGAGCGCCUGAGCCAGGUGGACAUCAAGCUGCAGGAAGUCAUGGCUGGCUGUGCUCAGGAAUAUUUGGAACCUUUGGCCAACCUGCAGGAGAACAUGCAGAUCAGGACCAAAGUAGCUGGCAUCUAUAGGGAGCUGUGUCUGGAGUCUGUAAAAAACAAGUAUGAGUGUGAGAUUCAGGCUGCCUGCCAACACUGGGAGAGUGAGAAGUUGCUGCUGUUUGACACUGUGCAAAGUGAACUGGAGGAGAAAAUAAGAAGACUGGAAGAGGACAGGCAUAGCAUCGACAUCACCUCAGAGCUGUGGAAUGACGGACUGCAUGCACGGAAAAACAAGAAGAAAGACCCAUUUUGCCCUGUCAAGAAGAAGAAGCCUGUUGUUGUUUCUGGGCCUUAUAUUGUUUAUAUGCUACAAGAUCUGGAUAUUCUUGAAGACUGGACCGCAAUAAGAAAGGCGAUGGCGUCACUGGGGCCACACAGGGUGAAGGUGGAUGCAGCCCCCGCAACCAAGCCUGACAGACAUCACCACGUGGCCCGCUCCGAGGACGGUCGACUUUUCUAUGACAACCAGUGGUACUGCAGGGGACAGACCAUCUGUAUCAACAGGAAGGAUGACUACCCAACUAGUGCCAUUAUAACCACCAUCAGCAACGAUGAGGUGUGCUACAAACGACUGGACGGCACCAAGUCAAAGCUCUAUGUCUCCCAGCUGCAGAAAGGCAAAUGCACUAUCAAGCACUCAUAAGAUACAACCAUGCAGACACCACCAUCUCUUCUUAUCAUGUUGUAUCUUUCUACAAGCUUUGCAUAUGUACACUACCCAACACACAGUUACUUCAAAAGAAUCAUGUGACACGUCUAGUCUAAGGAGAUGAUCGUUUCUGUAAAUGCAUAUACGCAUGCUAGUAUUAUCGACAACGUCACAAAGUGUCAUUUUCUCUGGAACGGAGAUCAACGUAAAGUGCUGCUAAAGACGAGGAGAGAACAAAAGCAGAGCAGUAGUGAACUGUGAACAGGUGGAGCUCAGUCGCGUGCCUUUCUGAGACGGGGCGGGUGGGGGUCUAAUCAAAAGCAUCAGUGCAGCAAAGCCUUACUCUGCACUGUGUUAUCACCACGAGGACUGAAGGUCACAACCCUGAUCCAGGUGAGGAUGCCAUGAUGAGACUUGAAUUUCAUGCUCCAUAGAGCCUAUUAAUCUCCAGGGAACCCUGCGCGAGAAAACGUUUGAUUUAGUUCCAAUACAGACCAUUCGGGAGCAUUCUAUCAAAUCUCCCGGUGUUUUGUGGUGCAGUUUUUCCAGCACGUCAUUUUUUAGACUCAUGCUCAAGUGAAACCAAACGUGUGGCGAAAAACUCAAUCCUGAACAUGCAGUAAUGUGAGGUGACCAUAUGUUUUGUGUUUACAUCACUGUGGUUCUCUCCUCGGUCCCCUGUCGUGUUGCCAUACGUCUGACAGUGCCUAGCAUUUGACUUUAAACUCAUUCAUAUAUUUUUCCCUUACAUGUGCAGUUAGACAUGAGGUCUAACCCACGUAGAACAUUUUCUGUGUAUACUUGAGAUGAAUAGAAGUGAAGAUCUGCAAAUCUCUUCAAUGAAGGUGGUGAGUAUUAGCUCAGCCCUUCGGCUCAUAAUGUUUAUGGGGAAUGCAGCCGGUUGAAAUAUGCAUUUCUUUUUACAGUAGAAACCAACAAAGUUUGUGCUUCUUUUAUUCUUUAUUCGCUUUGUUGUACUGUUUCACAUCAGUAAUUAAGCCCUGCAGUGUCACUAUUACAUCUCUGGCAAAAUCAAAAGCGUCACCUGUUCCCCGUCCCCUUCCCUCGUCUUUGUAUCCCUCUCUGUCAUUUCUCUUUCUCUUUUCCCCUUUGUCUUUUCCUUUGCUGUCAGUAGAAAUGUCCCUCAGCAGUCGCCUAUUACCAGUACAAAGGAUGAGCAAGGUUGACAGAUGUUGGGUGUGCAGUCUGAGAUAUGGAGACAGGAUUCAGCUGUGUUUGACUUUAAAGCUCUUUUUUUUAAUGUACUUUCAGCAUCAACCUCAUUUCAAAGUAGUACUUGCCAACAGUAUUGUAAAGAGCGCAGCUUGCACCGUUGUUUUAUUGCUCCUGAAACAUGUCUGUGAAGCCUCGUGUUUGUUUUUACCUGCUUCAUUUUAACAGUUUUAUGAAUUAUUUCCACAUUAGAGGCCAAGGAUAGGAGAAUGACGUGCUAACACAUGUACGGCUGAAUAAAGCUCUUGUUUGGAUCAUUUGAACACAACAACCUGCACAUAAACGAUUCAUAUGAAAACCAA